UCUACACAAACGACAGAUCUACUAAGUAAACACGCAACACACUAGAUUCAGGGGGGACGAAAGAAGGGAAUAUUAUGCUAGAUUUCUCCCCAAUUUUCUAUCAUAAGAGAAAAAGCCUGACUUGCAGCCGCCGGUAUACUUCUCCUCCCCUUUCUGAUGGCGGGUUACUUUCCAAGUUGCCUGUGUUUAUGGUUAUCAUCAACAAUCCUGAUAAUAAUGUUACAGCAAUCGUGGGCUAUUACAACUGAAUCAUCAGAAAUCAAGAUACUGAGUCAAACGCUACUUGAAACAGCAAGAGAACCAGAAUUUUUCAAUUGGAUGAAAACAAUCAGAAGAAAGAUCCAUCAAUAUCCAGAGCUAGCAUUUGAAGAGCAUAAAACUAGUGAACUCAUUAGAUCAGAACUCGAUUCACUUGGAAUCACUUACUCUUGGCCCAUCGCUAAAACUGGUGUAGUGGGGUCUGUCGGGUCUGGUUUAACCCCAUUGUUUUCACUCAGAGCAGAUAUGGAUGCUCUACCACUGCAAGAAUUAGUGGACUGGGAGUAUAAGAGCAAGAACGAUGGGAAGAUGCAUGCCCGCGGCCACGAUGUCCAUGUGACCAUGCUUCUUGGAGCAGCUAAGUUGCUUCAGCACUGGAGAGACAAGCUGGAGGGAACUGUGAAGCUCGUUUUUCAACCAGGAGAAGAAGGUCGUGCAGGAGCGUACCAUAUGCUAAAAGAGGGAGCCCUUGCAAAUGUUUCAGCCAUUUUCGGUUUACAUGUUGAUCCUCGUCUGCCAACAGGAACAGUUGCUUCAAGACCUGGUCCAUUUCUUGCCGGUUCUGGAAGGUUCAGAGUGACAAUUCAAGGGAAAGGUGGACAUGGUGCAACACCACACACUACCCAAGAUCCAGUUCUAGCGGCAUCUUUUGCAAUUCUUGCACUCCAAAAUAUUGUGUCUCGAGAAACUGAUCCGCUUCAUAGCGCCGUGCUACAAGAUCAGGCAAUCGUACAUCGGUGCACCGCCACUCUAGACUUCAUGGAGGAUACACUAGUACCCUAUCCACCUACUUUGAAUGAUGAAACUAUGUACACGCUUGCAAAGAAAGUCGGGACAGAACUCCUUGGUGAACCAAAUACAUGCCUAUCUCCGAUGUCUAUGGGAGCAGAAGACUUCGGCUUUUACGCACGGAGCAUGCCAGCUGCAUUUUUCAGUGUAGGAACUAAGAAUGAUACCACAAACUCGGUUAAGGAGUUGCACUCACCGCACUUCUUUGUCGAUGAAGAGGUUCUUCCCAUUGGGGCAGCUUUCCAUGCUGCAGUAGCUAUGACUUACUUGGAUAUCCAUGCUGUUUAAAACAUCUAUCUGAAACUUGGGGUU